GGGCCGCGCCAGAGCCCAGGACCGGCGCGCGGGGAGCCGGGGAGCCGGGAGCCGAGCCCGAGCGCCGCGAUGCCGAUCACCUCCUGCCGGAGCUCGGGGGCCUGGGACGCACCGGCCGAAGUGUGAUUGGACUCCAGGCUGGCCACAAAGGGCACAGCAGCUUGGCCUGGGGGCUAGGAGAGCGAGGGGAGAGCGCGGCCACCCGCCUCGGCGGCCUGGGACUCGGCUCGACUCGCCGGAGAAUGCGCCCGAGGACGCCGGAGCGCCGGAGCCGCGGGGGUUUCAACUGGCUAGCGCUGAUGGGGGAGCGCUGGAGUAAAGCAGAGUGAUGCGGGGGGGCAGCUCGCCCGGCACCGAGAUCGCCGCUGCGCCCUUCCCCGGACCCGGCGUCGCCCAGGAUGGCUGCCCCGAGCCAUGGGCCGCGGCAGAGCUAGCGCGGAGCGCCCGACCCUCGCCCCCCAAGUCCCGGAGCCGGCCCCGCGCGGGGCCACGCGUCCCCCGGGCGCUGCUGGUUCCUAAGGACAACGACCGCACCAGCUUUUCCUUUCUCCCUUCCCUUCCCUGCCCCGCACUCCUCCCCCUGCUCGCUGUUGUUGUGUGUCAGCACUUGGCUGGAGACUUCUUGAACUUGCAGGGAGAAUAACUCGCGCUCCCCACUUUGCGCCGGUGCCUUUGCCCCUGCGGACGCAGCCUCGCCGCCUCCGAACCCCGCCGCGUCUCCACUCCUCCGCUGGGCCCGACCCCAAGACGCCGUUCCCUGCGUGAAGAAAGGGACUGCCCGGCCGGCACCCGGGAGGAGAAGGAGGAGGCAAAGGAAGGGAACCCGGUCCCUGCUCCAGGUCCUUCGGCCAGAGCUUUUUCCAUGUGGAGGCUCUUUCAAUGGACGUGUCCCCGCGUGCUUCUUAGACGGUCUGCGGUCUCCUAAAGGUCGACCAUGGUGGCCGGGACCCACUGUCUUCUAGCGUUGCUGCUUCCCCAGGUCCUCCUGGGCGGCGCGGCCGGCCUCAUUCCCGAGCUGGGCCGGAGGAAGUUCGCGGCAUCGAGUGGCCGCUCCUCGUCCCAGCCCUCGGACGACGUCCUGAGCGAGUUCGAGUUGCGGUUGCUCAGCAUGUUCGGCCUGAAGCAGAGACCCACCCCCAGCAGGGACGCCGUGGUGCCCCCCUACAUGUUGGACCUGUACCGCCGGCACUCGGGCCAGCCGGGCGCGCCCGCCCCGGACCACCGGCUAGAGAGGGCAGCCAGCCUCGCCAACACGGUGCGCAGCUUCCACCACGAAGAAUCUUUGGAAGAACUGCCAGAAACGAGUGGAAAAACAACCCGGCGAUUCUUCUUUAAUUUAACUUCUAUCCCCACUGAGGAGUUUAUCACCUCAGCAGAACUUCAGGUUUUUCGGGAACAGAUGCAGGAAACUUUGGAAAACAAUAGCAGUUUCCAUCACCGAAUUAAUAUUUAUGAAAUUAUAAAACCUGCAACAGCCAACUCGAAGUUCCCUGUGACCAGACUUUUGGACACCAGGUUGGUGAACCAGAACACAAGCAGGUGGGAGAGAUUUGACGUCACCCCUGCUGUGAUGAGGUGGACUGCACAGGGACUCGCCAACCACGGAUUUGUGGUGGAAGUAGCCCACUUAGAGGAGAACCGAGGUGCCUCCAAGAGACACGUUAGGAUUAGCAGGUCUUUGCACCAGGAUGAGCACAGCUGGUCACAAAUCAGGCCAUUGCUGGUAACUUUUGGCCAUGACGGGAAAGGACAUCCUCUCCACAAAAGAGAGAAGCGUCAAGCAAAACAUAAACAGCGGAAACGCCUUAAAUCCAGCUGUAAGAGACACCCUUUGUACGUGGACUUCAGUGAUGUGGGGUGGAAUGACUGGAUCGUAGCCCCCCCAGGGUAUCAUGCCUUUUACUGCCAUGGGGAAUGCCCUUUUCCCCUGGCUGAUCACCUGAACUCCACUAAUCACGCCAUUGUUCAGACGUUGGUCAACUCAGUUAACUCUAAGAUUCCUAAGGCGUGCUGUGUCCCAACGGAACUCAGUGCUAUCUCCAUGCUGUACCUGGAUGAAAACGAAAAGGUUGUAUUAAAGAACUAUCAGGACAUGGUUGUGGAGGGUUGUGGGUGUCGUUAGCACAGCAAAGUAAAAUAAAUAUAUAUAUAUAUAUAUAUUUUAGAAAAAAGCAAAAAAAAAGAAAAACCAAGUUGACACUUUAAUAUUUCCCAAUGAAGACUUUAUUUAUGGAAUGGAAUGGAGAAAAAAAAAACACAGCUAUUUUGAAAAUAUAUUUAUAUCUACGAAAAGAAGUUGGGAAAACAAAUAUUUUAAUCAGAGAAUUAUUCCUUAAAGAUUUUAAAAUGUAUUUAGUUGUACAUUUUAUAUGGGUUCAACCCCAGCACAUGAAGUAUAAUGGUCAGAUUUAUUUUGUAUUUAUUUACUAUUAUAACCACUUUUUAGGAAAAAUAGCUAAUUUGUAUUUAUAUGUAAUCAAAAGAAGUAUUGGGUUUGUACAUAAUUUUCCAAAAAUUGUAGUUUUUUUUCAGUUGUGUGUAUUUAAGAUGAAAAGUCUACAUGGAAGGUUACUCUGGCAAAGUGCUUAGCACAUUUGCUUUUUUGCAGUGCUACUGUUAAGGUCACAAGUUCAAGUCCAGAAAAAAAAUGGAUAAUCCACUCUGCUGACUUUCAAGAUUAUUAUAUUAUUCAAUUCUCAGGAAUGUUGCAGAGUGGUUGUCCAGUCCAUGAGAACUUACGUCCUUAUUAGGUGAUAUAUUUGGAUAAGAACCAGACAUUGCUAAUCUACUAUAGAAACCCUCCCCCCACUCCUUAAUUGCAGAAAGAAUAAAGCAGGACCAAUAGAAAUAAUUAGGAAAAUGACGAAUCUGCAGGAAAGUGAAUGAUGGUUUGUUGUUCUUCUUUCCUAAACUCUAGUGAUCCCUUCAAAGGGACUGGUCUGGCCAAAGUAUUAAAUAAAACAUAAGAUUUCUUCAUUAUUGAUAUUGUGGUCAUGUAUAUUUAAAACUGAGAUCUAGUGGCCCUCAUGAGGAGUUGGAAAUUGAUUUGUAUUUAACUUUUACCUCAUCUGGGAGCUCUCUAUGCUCAGAAGGACCUAAUUUUCUAACUUUGCCCAACACAAAGCAAAAUUGUGCCCAUCACAUUUUCUGCCCACCCCCUGUUCUCUGUUUGAUCAGCUUGCUUUUCUUUCCGAGGCUGUGUGUUUGAACACAUUUCUCCAAAUGUUAAACCUAUUUCAGAUAAUAAAUAUCAAAGCUCUGGCAUUUCAUUCUAUAAAAUCCAA